AUGAAACAGCGAAAAAAAAGUCUUUCCGACACCCUCUUGAGAGCCCCACGAAAGCGUAUUCAAGGUGUCAGAUUAAAGCUGAGAAGUAAUGCCGCAUGUCAUAAAGUGGAAUUAAAAGUUAUUAAACAUCGGUUUUCUCUACGAGCUUAUAUCAAACAUAUUACGCUAUGUUUUCAUAUCAACAUAAUGAUUAUGAGUUGCAGCUGGAAACUAUGA